GUUCGUUUCUCUGUUUCAACCAGGCGGAAGUGGCGGGCGGCGGCAGAAUCGGUGGCGUUUCUGCCGGACAAAAAUGGCUUACCGCCAGCGCCGCAUGCGGAGGAGUCUAGGUCAGCUCCUCAGGAGUGUCGUCCUAGGCACACCGGAGCGGAGUGAUCAGGGAAACAAUCGUCAAGCAGUAAGAGGUCUUAUAUACGGAGAAUGCACAAUGCAGGCAUUUGUUCCAAAGAGCAGAAAGCCCCGGUUCGAACUCACUCUAAGGAUAAUUGAUCUCAACAACGUUCCGCUUUCAAACGGAACAGGAUACGUGAAAUGGAGUCUUCCGGCAGGCACAUCCACGGAACACCGGGGCCACACGGACAAAGCCAUGAUUCAAGAUCACAAGGCAUGGUGGGAUUAUGAAAAGGUGGUCCAAGUUAGAAUGACGGUCGAUCGGAACCAAAUGCUGCAGGAGUGUGAUUUACAACUCAGCAUCAUCCAAGAAUUCUCAUCGGUCGGAGGACGAGAAGAGAGGAUCCUGCUGGGAAAUGUCCGGCUCAACCUCGCAGAAUACGUCGACAAGAGCGAGACUGACGAGGUCAUCACGAGACGCUACCUUAUGCGAGAGAGCAAAGUAAAUAGUACGCUCAAGAUUGGCAUAGGCAUGCACCAAAUUGAAGGUGAUAGGAACUUCAUCACGCCUCCCCUGAGAUCUGCUAUGGUUUUUGGUGGAAUCGCCGGAGUGGUUUCCUCAGAACAAGGCGAUCCUGAUGAUCUUGGCCGGGUUCCAUCAAUAAACAUCAAGAGCAGAGAGACUGGGGACUUGCAAGAUAUGUACCGUCGCACUCUAGCGGCCUCUUGGAGUUGCGGCGCGGGAGAACUACCACCUGAUCAGCUGGUGGAGGAUCUUUUCGCUGGUGGUGCUGGCUGGGCACCCGCUGCCCAGAGCUCGCGCUCCGAACGGCCAGGACGAGGAGAGUAUGGAGAGAUUAGUUCGAUAAGCGAUGGCGACACCAGGAGGACGAUCCAAAACAAAAGACUUUCUCCCUACCCAGCAGGACGCCCAAAGAGCUCUUCUGGUGCUAGUUCCCCUCUAGACAGUAAGGGCGGAGAAAUCUCGUCGGGUUCAGAAAGCCCUGGAAGUAGAGGAAGCAUUUCGCAGCAGCUGUAUGACAGUAGCACAGGCAAGAAGUGGAAAAACCGUGGACCCGCUCCUGAGGUAUCCGAGUUUGAUGUGCGUGAAGAUCUAAGAAGCUGGGAGAUUUCAGUACAUAUGGGGCUCCUGAGACGCCGAUUAUCCCCUGCAUGCAGAGAAACUUCUUUACUCGCGGCGUCUGAUGGUCGCCACCAAUUCGCCCGAUAUCAUGACGCCCCAGACGAUGAUUCUCACGAGUCCCAGUCACACCCCCAGCGACCCCGAAUAUGCAAGCGUGGGCUGCGCUCCUCGAAGGCACAGAAAGUCACACUUGAUGUCAGCACAUUAGGUAGACCCGGAGAGGUGGUCAUUGUACCAUCUCGGAAAGGCAAUAGACGGGUCCGGAAAGAAAUAACGGAGAAGAAAUCGGACGGGGACGAUGAGUUUUUAUCUAUAUUGGAGGAACUUGACAAAGAGAGGACUAUGCCUGGUUUCGCAGAAGUAGAUGCCAACAUUGAAGAGUUCCGUCUACUUUAUGCGCCACACGACAAGCUGAACAAUACUGAAUGGAACGAUCUGCGCCAAAAGCUCGAGCAGUCCUUUACGUCUAGUCAAUUGGGCGCCUAUAUUUCCAGAUUUAGACCAUCAGACUUGAUUGGUGAGAAUGGUGAUGGAGGUACAAAUCAGGUCAAUUGGAAGCCAGGAACAUCUCUCUUUUUAGAGACGGAUCCCUCAUCACAGCAGCGUAUAUCAGACAGAACUGCUGCUGCUGAGAAACUCAGCGGCAAAGGGCUCCUUGCUGAAAGGAUACUUCGAGACUGCUGGCGCCUGGGCAUCGCUGGAGAACUUGGCCAACUCGACUUACAUCUACCAUCUCAUGCUAUCGCCUUGCUUCUAAAAUCCGAACAUUUCUCCUUUCGCGACCUGGCCCAAUAUCACCAGGCAAAGAUCGAUGUCACGCAUUCCUUGAAUCUCGUGAGGGUCACUGGUGACGAACGUUCGUGUAUCCAGAUCCACGAGCAGAUACAGAACGUCACUGCAAGAAUACAAGAAGAGAGCGUUACUCUCUCUCUUCCUCCAAAUGCUUCUUGCAUUGAAAACCGUCACCUCUCGCCUGAAUUCAUAAACGAGCUGGAACAGAACCAUGGAGUGGUUUUCGAGAGAAAGGGCCGUGAUUCUAAGGGCACCAUGUAUUAUCUUGCCGGGAACAAAUCCGAAGCAGAUAAAGCUCGACGGGACAUAGAUAUCGCCCUCUAUCGGAAGACCAUUGGCCCUAUACCUUUCUGCACUUACCUGCCCACGUCCGAGGAGGCGAGCGCGUAUUCAGCCGAUACUGGCGAAAGGGCAUCUUUGUCUGACAGAGGCGCGCAAUGGUUUCGAUGGGCUUUCCCCACCAAGGGAGCUGAUAGACGCAAGUCGGUGGCUCCUUUCUUUGACCAGCACAGGGAGCAUCUAUCUAGUGAUCUCCUAGGAUUAUUCAGACAGACACCAGCCAUCGACAUGAAAUCACUUAACCAAGCUCAUAUCAGAGAGAGCCUGACAGCCAAGGUUGGGCAGUGUCUGUUCCUCGACAAUAUCGGCCAGGGCGAUAGAACCUUCAGCGCUGCUCGCCUUGGAGAACUGUCGACUCGCCGCAUUUUCUUAGAAAAUAUCCCAAGAAUUGGACCUUUCAUACGGGUAUUGACACCGUUUCCCGGAACUGAUCAUCAAAUAAUCCAUCGUUUCCGACUAACGCCCUCUAUCUCGAAUCCCGUCGCUUUCCCCAUCCUCGAUAUUGAGGUUGGCAUGCUGAAUGGUGAUGGUGACCCUGCAUCCUCAACUUCCGUGGUCAUACGCAGUGCCGAGGCAGUUCUACAGGAAAACAGCAUUGAUUAUUUACUUCCCGAAAACAGUCAAGAUCUUCGACUCACAAAGAAAACACUCUACGAUCUACUUGAAGGCCAAAAUCCCGGUGAAAUUCCUCUAGGCCAUGCAGCCCAUCGAUCAGAAGGGGAGCCUUUCGUGACGAGCAUCGCCAAUCUCUUGCAGAGCCUUCCUUUCCGGACCCAGGCUGAUGAGAACCAGCACGCAUCUCAAGCCUUCUUUGACAUAUCGCUUCCCAAGAAGCUCAUCAACCCCCAAAAUAAUCCCAAGGAUGCGGAGACAGUCGGGCAAUCAGACGAGUAUGUUACUGGGACGUAUGUUUUCCCACCUUUGGUCAAGUUCAGGACAUCACGCUUUCAUAUCUACGAUUUCCAUGGAGAGAAGCUUAGUUACGCAUUCUACCGCCUUCUACCCCCGUUCGGAGAACACUCCACGGUGCUCUCGCUGGAUAUGGACGUUAUGAGUGGCCAAACCAUCGAUAACGCCUUUGCUGCUGCUGGUCUCGAUUCUAUGCUCUCCGCAGAUGACGCGCUCAAGCAGGAAUUCCAUUACUUUUAUAACACUGCGUGCAACUUGGCGUUUCAGCUAGGUAGUACUAACCGGUUCUGAGCGCGCAAUCAACUUAACGUGAGAAGAACUUGGCUUGUCAUUUGCGGGGUGUAUAUUCAUUCCUUGAUAUGUUUAUUAUUGGUCUAUGUAAUAUAACGACAGACGGCGGAGUUGGUGUUGUUCAUAAGGUCAUUAGCAUUACAUACCAAGUAUAUACUUCAAAG